GCCGCCACGGCCAUGGAGUGCGAGGGGUGCGGCUGCCAUGGCGAGGACAAGCGCACUGCCAUCCUCUACACCCUCCUGAGCCAGAACCUGGGCCCUGGCACUGCCCGGCAGCGCUGCCUGUGCCAGCAGCGCCGCACCGUGAGCCUCCGCACGCCCCGCGCCACCUGCCAGGCCGCCUCCGACGUCCUGCUCAAAACCGUCAGCUUCAUGAGGAACCUGCCUUCCUUCCAGCUCCUGCCACGGGAGGAUCAGCUCCUGCUGCUGGGCAGCUGCUGGGUGCCUCUUUUCCUCCUGGGGCUGGUCCAGGAGAUGGUGACCUUCGAGGUGAUGGAGACCCCGGCACCCAGCAUGCUCAAGAAGAUCCUCCUGGAUGGCCGGAGCAGAUGGCAGGAGCCUGAGCAGACACAGCCCACGCUGGCUGCCGUGCAGCGCCUGCAGGGCACCCUCAACACCUUCUGGAGCCUGGACCUGAGCCCCAAGGAGUUUGCCUACCUGAAGGGAGCUGUUCUCUUCAACCCUGAUGUCCCUGGGCUGAGAACCUCCCUGUACAUCCACAGCCUGCAGCGGGAAGCCCAGCGGGCGCUUCAGGAGGUCCUGCAGCCCCGACAGCCCGAGGGCCGCGGCCGCUUCGCACGCAUUCUGCUCAUCACCUCCACCUUGAAAUCCAUCCCUCCCACCCUCGUCACAGAGCUCUUCUUCCGGCCCCUCAUCGGCAACGCCGACAUCCUGGAGCUGAUCACCGAGAUGCUGUAG